AUGUCCAGAGAUCAAGUUCGUGUUUUAUGCAUCGGAGAUCUUCGUGGGCAGUUCGAACCGUUCGCUAAAAAGCUGGCGGUUAUCAAUGAGAAGAAUGGUCCUUUUGAUCUCCUUCUGUGCGUCGGUGAGUUUUUCGGACCCGAUAUUAAGGCCAACGAACGCUUUUUGAAUGGCGAUGUGAAUUUCGUAGUGCCGACGUACGUGUUGGGUCCAUGUUCGCCGUCAACAUCUGAAUUCUAUCCAAAAGAUUCGGUUGAGUUUUCAUCGAGUGCCACUUAUUUGGGAAAACGUGGAAUCCUGAACUCUGCCAGUGGUCUGAAAAUUGCAUAUCUUAGCGGCAUUGAAGGGUCAUCAUCCAACGUAUUCCAAUUUAACGAAGAUGAUAUCGAGGAAAUGCUGAUUCCGGUGAAAACCCAGUCAGGAUUCCUGGGUGUCGACAUAUUAGUAACAUCAAUGUGGCCAGCUGAGGUAUGGAAACAUGCUCAUAAUACUCCUUCACGCGAAGUAGAAGGUUCCCGUUUGAUAUCCCGAUUAGCAGCUGGCUUAAAACCUCGUUAUCACUUUGCUGGUAUGGCUAUUCAUUACGAACGACAGCCCUACAGGAAUCAUCGUGUUCUUUUGGAGCCUGCACAACAUACAACACGAUUCAUUGGACUGGCUCCAUUUGGUGAAAAGCAAAAAUGGCUAUACGCCUUCAAUGUUCAGCCAAUGCGGAAAAUGAAUAGAGACGAACUCAGUAAGCAGCCGCCUAACUCGUCUGAAUUUCCCUAUAUGGAUAUAUUACAGGAAUUUCUCGCCAGGGAUAAACUUCUAACAAGUAAAAGUCACGAUAAUGUAGAUCGAUAUCGAUUUGAUAUGUCGGUAGAAGUGGAGGACAACGUUGACAGAGGUGGUAAAAAACGCCGAAAGAGUGAUUAUACGUCUGGCGAGAAGGUUCCAGCUGCGCCUUGCUGGUUUUGUUUAUCAAAUGUGGACGUCGAGAAGCACUUGGUCGUUAGUGUGGGCGACGUGUGCUACGCUGCAAUGCCCAAGGGUCCUCUUGUAGACGAUCACGUGAUGAUACUUAGCAUAGAGCACAUCCAGUCAUUGGUGGCUGCUAGCGAUGAAGUCCGAAAGGAAGUGGAGAAAUUCAAGAAUGCGUUCACUCUGGUAGCUGAUAAGGCGGGUAAGUCGUUAGUAUGCUUUGAGCGGAAUUACCGUACGCAACAUAUGCAAGUACAAAUGGUUCCUAUUCCGAAAUCUGCUGUGAAGGCCUUAAAUGGAGCGUUUUUUAAUACUGCGAGUCUUGCUGGAAUAGAGUUGAUCACGAUGGAUGAAAGUGAUAAGUUGGCAGAUCUCGUCAAUGAGGGCUGUCCAUACUUCUUCGUCGAAAUGCCAGACGGUUCCAGACUGUUUACUCGGCAAAUGAAGAAUUUUCCUCUGCAGUUUGCCAGAGAGGUUUUAGCGAGCCGUCCAAUACUGGAUUGUGAGGGGAAAGUUGACUGGAGGUCAUGUGUACUAACCAAAGAGGAAGAAUCGAAGUUAGCGAAAAAUCUGCAAUCUCGAUUCAAACCGUUUGACUUCUCCAGUGCUGAUGAUAGCGAUUAA